AAACUGCACUAGGAUACUCUAAAAAAACAAAAAAAUGCUCACCGCUAUGUCCAUUCAAAGAAACACAAAAAACUGAAACAUUUCCUUUGAUGUGUUUUCUUUAAUUUCAGGAACAAUUAAGGAUCAACAACUAUGGAGGUUGAGUUGGGACUCAAGAUCACAAGAACCAGAGACGAUACCACUUCCAUUUCUGAUUUUCAGUUUGCCAAAGACAGGGCAGGACCUGUCUUCUUGUCUAAAGAAACUGAUUCAAUGUUCUUCCUCACUGCACACCUUAAAGGUUAUAAGAAAGAGAACAUUGACAUCUAUAUUAGUCAAGAUGGCACGCAGAUUUCAGUGAGUGGGGAGAAGGAGGUGCAAGAAAUGCAGAUUAUACCGUUCAAGAAAGAGAUGAAAAUCAAAGGGUUUAGAAAGAAGUUUAAAAUCCCUGGUGGGGUGGUUUUGGAUGGGAUCAAGGCUAAAUAUAACGAAGAGGAUGCAAUUUUGACAAUUGUGAUGCCAAAAACGGAAAUGGUAAAAGGAGUGUGUGGGGUUGGAAUAGAGGAGGUGAAGGAAGAAGAGGUUGUUGAUAGCGUGACACCAGAGCCAGAGCAAAGUGUACCAGAAAAUGUUCCAGAUAAGACUGAAAAGGAAACUGCUCCAGUGAAGAAGCGAGGUCCUAAAAAACCAUGGAAACCUUGUCCUCCUUUGUUUCUUGGAGGAUCAACUUUGCUUGUAUCUCUUAUCUUUCUUGUAAUGCACUAUAUUAGAGUGAGAAAGAGUUGA